AUGUAUUGUUAUUCCACCCACCGGCUGAAGAAUAAGUUCAUGAAGAAGAUCCCCAGAGAUGCCGAAGCGUCUAACUUCCUGAUUGGAGAGGUGGAUUUUCUAGAAAAAACGUUCGUGGCCUUCGUACGUCUGUCUCAAGCUGCAACACUAGGAGGUCUUACUGAAGUCCCUGUGCCUACAAGGUUUCUCUUUGUGCUGCUCAGUCCUGAUGGCAAAACCAAAUCCUACAAUGAGAUCGGUCGCGCCAUGGCUACACUCAUGGUUGACGAUCUGUUCAGUGACGUGGCCUAUAAAGCCAGAGUAGAUCGUGAGGACUUGAUUGCUGGGAUUGAUGAGUUUUUGGAUGAGGUGAUCGUUCUUCCUCCUGGAGAAUGGGACCCCAAGAUCCGCAUCGAACCCCCGAAGAAACUGCCUUCCGCAGAGAUGAGGAAGUCUGUUUUCUCUCUGAAUGAGCUGGGGCAUCCGAAUGGGAAUGCAGGAGGAGGUGCAGCGUCUGCAGAAGAAGAGGACCUGCCAGCUCCUCAUGAACUAGGAGAGGAGCUGAAAUUCACUGGACUGUGGCUGAACAUUAAACGUAAAGUGCCCUGGUUUCUCAGUGACUUCUAUGAGGGCUUCCACAUCCAGUCCAUCUCUGCGGUGCUCUUCAUUUACCUGGGCUGCAUCACCAAUGCAAUCACCUUUGGAGGACUGCUGGGGGACGCAACCGACAACUACCAACCGACGCGGCCAGAUCACGGAUGGAUCGUUAUGCCUUUUGGGAAGAACCGGUGGUGGAUGUGCCUGGCCAGUUUUAUACCUGCUCUUCUGGUCACCAUCCUCAUCUUCAUGGACAGCAGAUCACAGCUGUCAUCAUCAGCUGAAAAGAGAACAAACUAAAGGUUUUAGUGUCACACUCUGCAGCAGCACUCAUUCUCACA